AUGAGGUCUUUGCUCGUGGGCUUUAGCCUUUUGGCCGUUGUGGUCUCUGUUUUAGCCAAGCCCCAUCAAGCAGGCCAGUCUCAAGUCAAGAAAGGAGACAUCAACGACGUGAAAUUCUACCUUUACACCAGGAAGAAUGGCAACAAUGGGCAAGAAUUCCCAUUUGAUCUCUCCACUCUAGAUAGUACUGACUUCGAUGCUUCUCGACCUCGUACCUUUGUCGUGGUUCAUGGGUUUGUUAAUGAUAUCGAGUUUACAGAGCAAUUCGUCGAUGAGGCGGCUGAAAAUGCUUUGGACGUGGGUACUCGUGUCGGUGAGUUGGUUAGUAAGAUCAUUGACAAGACUGGAUUACCUCACGCCAAAAUCCACGCCAUUGGACACAGUCUGGGAGCCCAGGCUUUAGGCCAUUUGGGACGAAAGGUCAAGGCUGACACCGGAUCCAAAGUGGCCAGAAUGUCAGGAUUGGAUCCAGCUCGGCCCUACUUUGAAAUUCUCGACCCCGCUUUGCAACUAAACAAGAACGACGGGGAAUACGUGGAUGUGAUUCAUACCAACAGUGGUAGUCUCAUCAAUGGAUGCUUGUCCUUCAUGAAGCCUAUGGGCCAUGCUGAUUUUUACCCCGCGGGCGGCGAUCAUCAGCCUGGUUGUACAGAGAUUGUUUGGAUGAUUGCACGAGACGAUCUUUUGGACUUUCAGGAGAUUUCUCAUGAUCGAGCAGUCCUGUAUUUUAUCGAGUCGAUCAAUUCUAAUAGGGCCUUCAACGCCGUCAAAUGUGGCUCUUGGGAGGAUUUCCAAAGUGGCAGUUGCUCGGGUGGCAGCGUUGAAAUGGGAUUCGACCAAAAUUCGGCGCAGGGCACUUUCUACCUUGACGUAACAGAGACCCUCCUUUGCCCUUGACCUUGAGGCCCACGAUGACUUGUCCCAAAGCUGGCUGGAGUUGCGACUGAGAAAAUGUUACAAAUAAAGGUCAAAAUUUU